AUGGAAGACGGAAAUUUGUUAGCAAAUUUGUCGGCAGACAAUAUUUCCGCAAUUGAUAGCAGAAUACGGUCGAGGCAACUGAGAGUACUAGCGUCGAAUUUGACAAAGAGUUCUUCAUCGAAGAAGUGAGACAACUAAGUUGUCUUUGGGACACAGGCUCGUCUUUAUACAAAGACCGUACUGUCAAAGCGAAUGCCUGGAAGAAACUGUCUGAAAUUUUUGACAGAGACGGUAAGAAUUAAUCAUUAAUGUAUUUAAUCAAUAUGCGCUUCCGUUUCCGUUCAUGAAGCCACGCCUCCUCAUUGCAACCAACAAUAUAGGCAGCCAUUAUUGUAAUAUUGUGUAAAUAUUUGGAGCACUAUGUCCAUAACAUUUUGAAAAGGAGAAUGAACUUUGCAAGAUACACAUUCAAAUGUCGACGACUUUCAAUUGACUGACUUUGCAAACAGGCUGAAGUCUAGAACAUAAUAAUAAAGGUAAAUAUUUGUUUUCUAGUUUUAUCAUAAUGCAUCGAAUAGCUAACUAAGCCAAGUUUUGUUUCUAGUUUUAUCAUGUAUGAAUUUCAUAUAAUGCGUUCAUGAAUAUCUGAAUCGCGUGAGUAUCCAAUAUACUAUAGAUAUACUAAUGGCAUUAAAGUAAAAGUAUAUUAUUGUAUGUAUUUUUAAUACUGUAAAUUUUCUUACUAUUAAAAUAGAUUUUUAAUAUUUUAGUGGAUUUUUUUCAAAGACAACUGAAGAACUUGAAGGAUGGUUUAAAAAUGUCUCGACAAGAGAUCCAAGUAUUAUUCCAACAACCACGGUUAGUCAGA